AUGAAGUCAAUCAUUAUUCUAUCAUUAGUUCUUAUUGUUUAUGUUCUCGGUAGCGAAGGUUUUCUUUUUUCUAAAAAAAAUGAUACAUCUGGGCACACGAAAGCACCGAAGAAAGAAAAAUGCAUGAUUGUUAAGGGUAAAGGAAAAAAUUUUGUUGGUGAUAUUAUUCAUAUACACAAAGAUUUUGCUCCAACAUUGAAAAUAAUUGAUAAUAUUGCUAAGCAAUGUGACAUUAAAUUAUCAAUCAAAGGUUCUUAUGAACCAGUAGCAGAUCCAUCCAAAGCGCUAAGAUUUAAUGCAGCCAACGUUGGUAAACAACUUACAUUUGUCAUUAUGGAUAAAACGGGAAAGAGAUUAAUCUGCAAUAAAAUUUGUCUUACUAAAGAAGGUGAAAAAGUUGCAGAGGUUAAAUGUCUUGCUAUUAAUUUACGUAAACAAAAUUUAACUUAUGCUCCUCAUGGAGAAGCAGGUACACUCAGUGAUGGAUCUGAUACAAAAGUCGGUUUCACUGAUGUUGCUCGACGUAUUCAAGAAGCAUGCAAAGGUGUCAAAAUUUAA